AUGGAGCCGGAGCCGGAGCCGGAGCCGGGGCUGAGCUUGGGCUGGGCGGCGCUGGUGCUGCUCUUCGCUGCCUCGCUGCUCACGGUCUCGGCCUGGCUCUUGCAGUUCGCCCGCGGCUUGUGGCGAGGACGGCGCCGGCCGGAGAAGGAGGCGCCGUUGCCGUCGCGGGGCCGAACCGCGGCUGCGGCCGCCGGCCUCUGGGCAUCCCUGCGGCGCCUGGGCUCGGCCCGGGAAGCGGCCGGCUCCGAGGGGGCGGCGGGGGCGGCGGGGGCCCGCGGCUUGCUGGCGUCGCUCUUCGCCUUCCGAGCCUUCCGCGAGAACUGGCAGCGAGCCUGGCUGAGAGCCCUCAACGAGCAGGCCCGCCGGCACGGGGUAAGCAAGGCCGGGGGGCGGGACGGGGCGGGGUGGGGACCGGGUCUCCUGGCAGCAGCACCCUCACCCCUCCCCAGGCUGCGGGGGCAGGCGCUUGGCUGCCUGGCCCCAGGGGGUCCCGGCGUGGAGGGGGGGCAAGCGGUGCGUCUGGGCAGCGCCCUCGGAGAGUGACACCGAGAGGGUGACAGGUGAGCCACCUGGGCUUCGAGCCAGCCUUCCUCGACUGCCUGCUCUUUCCCGGACCCCGCGGAGAAAGGGGCGUCCCAGGCUGAAGCCUGCGCGAGGUGGCACCCGAUCCCAGAGGGAGACGCUCUGCUCGUGUUCAGAGUUCGGUCCCCAGUCCUGCCGGUGGUUCAGCCCGAGAGCCAAACGCAGCAGCAAAGACGAAAGCGGUGCGGGGUCCACUUUCUGCCCAAGGAGCUGCCCUGUCGCCGCCGCCGCCGCCGCCGCCGCCGCCGCCUUCGCCAAGAGCUCCCUUUCCGCCCCCGCAUUUUGCCCUGUGCAAAGCAGCAGGUUCCUCGCUGGCGCUGUCCACCCACCCCGGCCAGGCCAAUUUCCCGCAGAGGUUUGGGCAGCAGCAACGACCGGGGCAGGGUCGCUUUGCCUCUAGGUGGUAUUGUCCUUCGGAGAGGGAGGGGAGGCGAAAGUUUUUAUUUCUUGCUUGUAUGUGCCUUUCCUUUCUCCUUUUGGGGACCCUAAAAGCCCCCAAAGCUGCUUCCCUUCCGAUUGGUGUAUAAAAGGUUUCGCGCAUUCUCUCUCUCCUCUAAUUUCGAAAUGCUUUUUUUUAAAUGUGGGGAGCGUUAUUCCAUUAAAAAUGGCAAUAAAUGGAAAGUCAGCCCUGAUUUUUCCUGGCGAGUAAACCAGUUUGACUCUGGCACCACUAAAGAAGUAGGGGAGGAAAGGGAUGCUUGUGCCAUCAGCUUGCAUGAGGUUGCUUGGGGUGGGGGCGGCUCCAGGGAUCUGCGCAUCAAAGUUCCUGGGCUUCUCAGUCUUGCAGGUGCCGGGACUCCAGCUGGCAGGCUCCUGGAACCAAACCCUCUUCCUUGGUGUUUCUGUAAACAACAUAAUCAAGCUUUUCAUUACAUCAGCCAAAGGUCACUACAGUUCCUUCUGGGGUGGCAAAAGUUUGCAAACAAGGGCAAAAUACAAAGAAUUACACUAAAGAGCAUUGCACUGAUAACAGGGUGGAGUUGGGUUCAUCUUCCUUUUUUGCGGGGGCGGGGCAGGGCGGGGAGCUGCUCUUUAAGAAGGCAUAUUAACACAAUAGGAAGGCACCCCACUCUCCUGGCUGCCUGGGCAGUGGCAUUUUGGUAUGUACAAGAGGCCAGGCUGACUCCUCCCAGUGCAAACUGAAACCUUCACUUGCAUCUUGUUUAAAGUAAAUGAUACCAAAUCCAAAGGAAAACUGCAGUGGCAGCAGGCGUGCUCCUUCCCAGCUGUGUGUGGACAGAAAGCACCUUCCUUUGUGGCGGUAUUGGGGUGAAGGUCCUGCAUCUAUAAGGGCUUCCUGCUUCAGUCUUCGCUUGGAUCUUCCCCCUUCCCAACCAAAGGCUUUCUGUGUGAGUUUUCCCUCUCUUGCUGAGUCUCUUCUGCCCCAGCACCCAUCACACGCAGCAUCCUGUUAAAGGAAAUGCAAGCUGUCCUCUGAUACUGUUGCAUUCCUGUCGCCCUAUUUGGUGUGGCUACAAAUAUGUUGAUGGUGAGAGUGAGUCUAAGCCGGCGCAGGGCAGCUUCAUCAUAAACUUGCAUAGUGGAUGUGGGCCAACCGGUACUUGUGAUUCCCCAUCUCUAAAACUGGGGUGAUGGUGACCUCUGGGAGUUGGUGACUCUUCCUUGGGAGCCUUUUGUGUACCUAGAACUAGGGAGGGGCACCUUGCCCAGCACCACUCCUUCAAUGCUGGAAAUCUAGAGCUGCUGCUGCUGCUGUUGCACCCACCUCACUGGGUGGCCUCUGUUCAAGUACUGUACUUCCAGCAGGAGAGAGCCCAGCCACCCAUCCAGGGUUGCUGGUUCUGUUUCCAAGCUGCUCUUACAAUCCUCAUUUUCAGCCCAAAUCUCCCCUCCUGUAAUGUAAGGUUAUUCCGUCUAGCCCUGCCUUCUGGAGCUGCAGAGAAGGCCAGUCUUUGCCGCUUGCCUGCAAGAAGAGUACGUACUCCCAUAUUCCUCCCCCUCUUCAGUCUUCUCUUCUCCCAGCUAAUCCUACCUCGUUCCUUCAAGCUUUCCUCAGGGGACAACUUGCUUUCCAUUCCAUCUUUUUUGGCGUCCUCUGAACCCAUUCCAAUUUGUUUGCUGUGCUCCAUAGCACGUCACAGGCGCUUCUCUGUUUUGCUACCAGUACAGAGGCUGGGAGCCAUAAAUGCCUUUCUUGGACACACAGGAUAGCUCAGUUGGUUAGAGCAUGGUGCUGAUAAUGCCAAGGUUGCAGGUUCGAUCCUUGUAUGGGACAGCUGCAUAUUCCUGCAUUGCGGGGGUUGGACUGGAUGAUCCUCAGCAUCUUUUCCAACUCUACGGUUCUAUGCUUCUGUAACCAUAUACAACAGAAUAUCAAUAUGUUAUGAUUUAUAUGCAUGGUUUCCUGCACUAGACAGAUUCCCAGGCAGAAAAAUCCUCUUAGGUGAAGCCUAUUGGAAGCCUGCUGGAAGAACUCAGGAUAUGCAUUAGGUUCACACCCACCUACUUGAGAAAUCUGCUCAUAACUAGCCAGAGUGAGGAGAUUGAUAAGGGAGCAGGCAUGACUAGCUCACGGGUGGGAGGCAACGUUAGAAGCAAAAGGAAUAGAAUAAAGAUGGCAGCUCUAGCUGUUUCCGCAAGAUCUGAAUUUUAAACCGGAGCCAGAUUGAAAGAGCAACCAGUAAUGACCUUUGCAGCGGCAGGGCGGAAACCUAAUCACGCUUGCAAGCUGUCAGCUGAUCAGCGUGAGAAACCGGGCAGGAGCCUUUCCUGCCCUUUGUGAGGGGCUUCUGUGCUCUCAAAAACAAGCAGGUUUCAUGUGACCAAACCUCAUGUAGGUAUUGGGGUCCUUUUUCAUUACAGAUAUUAUGUAAGGAAGCUGACACCAAAGCAUCUCCCCUUUUUUUUAUUUUGCUAAAGAGCAUCCUAAGCCCAGUUCCUCUGUGGUCCCAAGAACCUGCCCUGCGUGUCUGCUUGGGCUCUCUUGGCAUAGCUGGAAUAUUCCAUGCCUGGCAACCAGUUUCCAGGAUAGUGGUGCAACUCCUCCAGCUUUUCAGGAUAGGCAGAAGCUUGGGGGUCUCCAGAAGGGACCGACCCUGUUUGUGGAGCUUCUUUUCAAAGAGGCAGCUGCUCUGCUCAAGGCCUCUUAGGAUCCUGCUGGCGUUGCUUAAAUUUCCCCACUGACAGGGCUGAUGAAUGAUAGUGCGAGCUUAAAUGGGAGCUCAGUGCUCUAUACCUGAGAAACAGCUGCUGAUGUUGCUGCUGCUGUUAUCUCUGCUUAUCUGAGAGUGUCUCCAUCAUUGGUGCCUUGGAUCCAGAUGGCAAGGGCACCACAGGGCACUCUCAACACCUGCAGAGCUCUGUUACUCUGGAGGCUGUCCAAAGUCUGAUCCUGAGAGUUCUUCAAUGCCAGCUUUUUUCAUGGUUUUAAAUUAGACUGGUUACUUUCCUUUGGUAUUUGAUCAUAUUGUGCUUGUUGGAGUUACCUCCUUUGUGUCCUCUGGAUGAUUUUAAACCAUCAAAAUAAGCUAAAACAAAAAAAGGACGUGUUUAGGAAUAGGAAUUGUACACUGUUGAGUAAUCAGUUGUACUACCUGUCAAGCCCUCUCGUUUAACAUAGGUGAAAUUCAGUUUUAGCAGAGUACUGAUGGGCUUUGGUGAUUUGCCACUGAAAACAUUCUGGCCUCUUAAUAAGAAGCUUUUUCUCUCUAACCCCCCCCCCCCGCCUAAUCCACAAUGACUGCAGUGAUGAUGAUGAUCUUUCAUCUGGGGAGCAAGGAGGGGCUUAAGGCCGGAUCCUUCUCUGUGCAAUCAGUGAUGAAAACUUCUCUCUCUCCCUCUGAAAAUCCAAGAGGAAUCUGGGAUAAAUGUUCUUUUGGAGGCAACUGAUCUCAGGUCCCCUCUGGAUAGGAUUAUUUUUAGCUCCUUCUGAUGUCACAGUUUUCCCCUCUUAGCAAUUUGAAUUGUAGAGAAGCCAUACAGAAAUCUAUCUUAUGGAAAAAACAAAAACCAUGGGAUGAUUGGGAUGGGGGGGGGGGGAGAGCUAAUGAGAACUGGAUGCUUGUUUAGUUUCAUGAAAAUGAAAAUCCUUAAAAAUGUGCUGGGUGGAAAAGAUGUGUAUGUAUGUGGAACUCCUCUUCCUCUUUCCCCCCACCUCUCAUUCCCUUUUUGCAUUUCACAGUGCACUAGACUUAAUACUGUAUUCUACAUCUUUUGCCUCAACCUUUCCCUCUAAUUCUCCACCAGCAUGUGCAGGAAGGAGACAGCAAGAGCCAUUCCCGUUCUGUUUGAGGCCAAGCUCUGUUUGCAUUUGGGAGUGUGAAGUUCCUCCUUUUGGGACUGAGGCAUCGGGCUUCACAUCUUCCAGUGAUUUACCACAGACAGCUGACUCAACAAACUUCUGUCAUCUUUCCUGCUCAUAUUUUAAUGACUUAAAGCAUUAUUGCUGCCCAAGCAGAUGGGAAUCACAUUCUUGGGACUCAUGAAAUAGCAGUCUUUGUUGUUCACAGUCAUCCUGCUCAGAUGACAAUGCAUCCCAGGAUUUCUGGAAGGCAUGCAGGGAACCUUACACAACCAGAUUAGGGUUAAUUUAUGAAAGAAGAAACCUUACUUCUAGAUAUUGGGUCAUACUCUGCAGGCUUUCUGUCCCUUCCUGAAUAUUCUGAGUAUUCAAGCGUUCUAGAUUUUGCUGGUUCUCUUGAUAUUGCUGUGCUUUCCAGGCACAUCAAUCCAAUAGUAAAGGGUUUAGAAUUCUCAUAAUUUUUCAUGUUCCCAGUUUUAAUUUUUAUUGGCUUUAACAAAACCAUACCAGAAACCAACUGUAUAUUUCCUAGGUUGCAUUUUUAUUUCAUCCAGGGCUUUUUUUCAGCUGGAGCUUAGCUCUGGCACUUCUUAGGUGAGCACCAUUGCCAUUCUUACAGAACAAGGGGAAAGUUUGUGGUGAGCUCCAGCACCUCGUUUUCUAGAAAAAUAGCCCUGAUAGCAUCUUACGGUUGUUUUCUCUUGUGUUAAAUUCUCGCAUUUCUUUUAGAUGGAGGCUUCUGUUCCUUCUGCGUUGUUCUGUCUUGUUAGAGCAGUCCAGGGAUCACCAUUCCUGCCCUUCGGGGAAGGAGCAUUGCUCAGUAGUAGCAGAGCACUUGCUUGGCCUUCACCAGGUGACCAGGUUCAGCUCUUGACAUCUCCAGUGGCCUGUUGCCAGUCAAAAGAGACAGUACUGGGGCAGAUGAUGGACAGAUUGGAAGCUGCCUAAUAUUUAGCCAGUUUACGUGAGAUGAAAUAGAGCUGGCAACAUACAUGGUGGCAUGUCUCUGUUGCUGUGAGGACAUGAUAAGGAUCAUGGUAAGGUUGACAGUAGACCUCUACUGGCCACAAUGAAAAGGGCUUGACUUAACUUCCAUCUCCAAGCUUUAAAGUGUUUAAUUGCCCUGGUCAGAAUGUUGUUGAAUUUUGCCAAUUCGGAGAACUUGUGUGAGUCAUUUGAUGGUGCUCAGAGCUGACUGGAGCAGGGCAGGAUUGGGCUGCUUUUUCCUCCAUCCUAGGGGCUUUGUGGCUUAGAGACCCCAAUAGCCCUGCAUGCUUGCCAUCCUCUGUAGCCUUUUCUUUACCCAGUUUCUGUUUCUGUGACUUUUCUUUUUCGGAACAAAUCCAAACCUCCUACCUAUCUCUAGGCCUUUUCUAGUUAUGAGCUGGCACAAGAGGCACCGUUUGGAGAGAAUGGAGGCUCACGAUUGAUCUUGUGUCCUCUGUGCCAGUUGAGCAGUGAUGCCCUGGAGCUACUGCCCUAAGAAACGUGGAGGCUAGAGGUGGCUGCUGUCCAAGGUGCUUUCCUUCUAGAAUGGAUCUCUGGGUUUUAUACCUGCCUGGCUUACGGAAGAGUCACAAGACCCCCUUCCCCCGCUCCACACAAAAAGUCAUGGAUUCACCAAGUUGGUCACAAUGGGCUCCACUCCACAAGGCAAGCAAACAGCUGCUGAAGCCUCAUGAUACCCAAUGUAGUCCAUGCAUUAGACUGGAUUACUGCAAUGUGUCUGGAAACUCCAGCUAGUGACUAGAUUGCUGGUGAGGGCAGGUGGCUGACAGCAUGUGACGCCUCUGCUAAAAUAUCUCUACUAGUUGCCCAUGAGCUACCUGGGUAGGUUCAAGGCUCUUGUGUUGAUGCACAAAGCCCUGAACAGCUUGGGUCCAGGAUACCUUGAGGACCACCUGAGCUCCUGUAUCACUGCUUGAUCAUCUGCAGGAGCACAGUUAUAGUUGUCCCCCGUGGUAUAAAGGCCCAACCGGUCUCAAUCAGAAGUCAGGCAUUUAGUUUCACUUGUCCCAUGAGCUGGGAACAUGCUUCCAGCAGAGAUUCAGCAGGCAUUCAUGCUGCUAACUUCCACGCGCCUCUUGGCUUUAUUAUGCUGUGCAGUGUUCACAUUUUUUUCUUUCUUUUUCUUUAACUAGCCAGUCACUUUCGUGAUUAUUUGUAGGGUUUUCCACCCUGAUAUUUAAUGAUUCAGUCAUGCAGAAAUACAUUUGGAAAUUAGAAAUAAAUACGUUAUGCUGAAGAAGGUUGUCAAGGAAUCAGGCGACCAGUGUGAGGCUGGUCUCUCCCAGAGAGUGUGGCAUACUAUAAAUAUAAAUGGCUUUUUUUUUGUUGGUUGGGGGAAGAUUAAUCCCAGGGAAGCCAAAACCUUGUGAAAAAGAGAUGCUUGCCUUAUAGGCAUCUCGGCCUUUGUAAACCAACAGAAGAACCGAUGCACACAUGCUGUUGGAUGCUUCAGUCUGCAUCCACACAACAACCUUGCACUGAUUUUUUGGGGGUGGGGCAUGUCUAAGCAUCCUCUGAAGGUGUACCUGUGUCUCUCUAGGGAGACCUGCCCGGGUUGUUGGUUGUUAUGCUCUCAGUGUUUGUGGUGCUUUGUGGAGUCUUUCUGGGCAGGGACCUGGGCAGGCUAAAGGUUGAAGACAAGGUGGAAGUGAAACUCAUGGAUAGGAGGUUGUGUCUCCAAUUAUAUGACCUUGGUUUUCAGAAGGGGAGGAGAGGACUUGAGGGAUGGUGCCAAAGGCCAUAUAGAACAAGUGGAUUGUGAUGAAGGAUUAGAAGGAACAUAGAGGUGCUCUGAGGGCCACCAGAUGGGUAGAGUUGUUGGAAGCAGAUGGCAGAAUGAGCGGGAGGAGCUGGGCAGGGAUGUCUUGGGAGAUGCUUGCAGAAAGUUUGAUGGGGAAGGGAGUACGGCCUGAAAGGCCCAAAUAGCUCAGUGGUAGAGCACGGGGUUUUCAUGCAGGUACUGUAGCAUUUCCAGGUAAGGCUGGGAGGGAAUCCCUGCCUGAAACCCGGGAGAGCUGCUGUCAGUCUGUGUAGGCAGCACUGAGCUAAAUGGGCCAAUGGUCUGAUUCAUUAUAAGACAGCUUUGCUAAGGACCAAGAGUUUGUUCUGGAUCCAGUAAUUGUCCAGAAGGCCUUGGUGGAGAUGUGGCUGGAUUAACAAGAGAGCUGAAUAACCCCAAGAGCUAAGGAAGAGCUGGCCUUCCUUGCUGUGUGCUUCAAUGGGCCGGGAAGAGGGAAGGUUGCAGCAGCGUCUGUUUGGACUGGCAAGGAUGGUCUGAGUGCCUCUGACUGGGGGCAGGGAGGCCUUCCCUCGCUCUCCCUGCAGGCCAAUGGCACCUGACCAGCCAAACCUGUUUUGCUCCAGGUUGGGCUAAGCUGCUUUCUUGGGGCUGCCACAGUAAGCCCUCUUGCAGAGUGGAAUUCACUGCCAGCAACCAAUGUUUGCAUUUCUCCUUGGAGAUCAAGACUUGUUUGGGGAGAGUCGCAGCCACGAGAGCGGAGGCUUCCUUCUCCAAGUUGGUGGCAGCAGAGAAAGGCUGUGAGUGGAUCUGCCUCAGUGGAUCCCAGCGUCCAGAGAAAGGGGCACUUCAACAAACUGGAGGGCAGCAGCCAGCCAGCCAGCCAGCCAGCCUCUCCUCGCCUCUAGUUGCUCAGAGACUGUCCAACGUGACUGCCAGGGUCCUGCCGAGUGCGGAGGCAGCCUCUGUGCUGCCACUCGCUGGGCCAGCUUCCCCCCCACCCCCGGCUCCCAUGGCAACUCUGCCUUUGCUUAACCUGCGUGCCUUGGCCAGCCUACGGAUCUGAGAUUUGAAUGGAGGGGAGUGCUGCUUUCACAGCAGCUCCUUGGCUGCUGGGCACACAGUAAAUAAUACCUUGAGAGGAGGAACUGCAGCAAACUGAGAACUCUCCUUGCUGCUUGUGAAGCACAGAACUCUUUUUUUCCUGCCUUCGCUUUUGCCUUGUUGCCAGGAACUGCCUAGCAGGGCACAGCAAUCUCUUCUCUUUCCAAACAGGCAACCACUGCAGGGCUGUUGUUAGAGGAGUUAUUGAUUCGGGGCUGCCUGAUCUAGUGUUCUGCAUGGUGCUUAUCGGGUCAAAAUCGCACAGACUGCUGAUUGCUUACAUCUGGGGGAAGCUUCACCUGCCAGAUUUCCCCAUUGUGUUUCUAUUCAGCUGCGCGCAACCCCUGCCAGAAACUAUGGUUGCAACCUGUGUGGUCCUCCCUCCCUCUGCCCCAGUACCACUUGAAUCUGGAAUUCUCCUGUUUCAUUCUCACUUCUGCAGUGAAGUGAAGUUUUCUCCUUUCCCCCACUGAAUUAUGGGGGGAGAGCAGUGUUAGAAACUCAGAUAUAUGUGAAUAGCCAAAUGGCAUCUUAAACCUAGGUUAUGGACCCCACAACGGAGUGUUUUUGUGGUGAUAUAUUAUUAUUAUUAGUCAUUUAAUUUCUAAACUGUUUUAUAUUUUAAAGGGGAAAAAAUCUCAAAGCAGUUUACAACACAUUAAAACAUCAAAUAAAACAAUCUAGAAUAAAACAAAUGCAUGCUUCAAGGAGAAUAUUUCAGACCCUUCUCUAAGUGACAUUUUGCUUUCACCAUAUUUAUUUACCUGCUUGAUUUAUAGAGCUGCCCCAUAGGUGGUGUAGUGGUUAGAGUGUCGGACUAGGACCUGGGAGAUCAGGGUUCAAUUCCCCGCUCAGUCAUGAAGCUCACUGGGUGACCUUGAGCCAAUCACAGCCUCUUAACCUGCCUCAAGGGGUCAUUGUAGGGGUUAACUAGGAAAGGGGGCAUGGCAUGAACCAUGUACUCCUUGGUGGAAAAGGUAGGAUGUACAUGUAAUAAGCAAGCUCUUCUGCUUAGCUGUUUAAGAAAGCUGGAAGGGUCAGCCAGAUGGAAAUGUCAGCUGUCAACCUGGCAUCCAGAGUUCUCCAGGUGGUUGCAAUUGGACUCAUGCCAGUCGCAAAAUGCACCUGGCUCCCGGGUGGGGGGACAAUAAUACAGAUUUAACUUACAGGGUUGUUGUAAAGAGUCCAACUAGAUAAUGUAUGUGAAGCACUUUGAACAUUUUGAAGAGUUAUACAGUACAAAUGCAAAGCCUUAUUAUUAGAUGCUUCCUUUGGGGGUUCUCUAAGGGACGCAGGUGGCGCUGUGGGUUAAACCACAGAGCCUAGGACUUGCUGAUCAGAAGGUCGGCAGUUCGAAUCCCCAUGACGAGGUGAGCUCCCGUUGCUCGGUCCCUGCUCCUGCCAACCUAGCAGUUUGAAAGCACGUCAAAGUGCAAGUAAAUAAAUAGGUACCACUCCGGCGGGAAAGUAAACGGCAUUUCUGUGCACUGCUCUGGUUCGCCAGAAGCGGCUUAGUCAUGCUGGCCACAUGACUUGGAAGCUGUACGCCGGCUCCCUUGGACAAGGGAGAUGAGCGCCACAACCCCAGAGUCGGCCACGACUGGACCUAAUGGUCAGGGGUCCCUUUUCCUUUACCUUGGGGGUUCUCAAGCUUCUUUGGACUAUAACUCAGUGGGGAGGUCCAACUUACUAGGGUCUUCUCUAUGGAGUGAGAAUUGGAAAUAAUUGGCUUGAAAGUCAAUUCUGAGUCCAUAAGCCAGAGGUGGAGAAACUGUGGCCUUGCAGAUGCUGCCAGACUCCUACAGUGCCAUUGGCCACAUUGCCUUGGACUGAUGGGAGCUGGAGGACAGCAACAUCUGGAUGCUUGCAGGGGAUUCCUCGGUGGUCCGUGAGCCUUGUGAAAUGCCUCUGCCCAUCCCCUGUGCCAUGGCUGGUGUGGCAAGGCUUGCUUUGCCCUUGUAGAUAUGCACCCAUUUUCAACUAUUUGUGUUGGGGUUUCCCAGCCUGGGGAGUAACAAGUUUUUCUUCUUGACCCAGAGCUCAGUCCAGAUUACGUUUGAGGAGAGUCCUCAGCAACUACCGGCUGUCAAGAUUGACCACGUGACGUGCACGGACCAGUCGGAUCGCAGUAUGGUAGGCUGCUGCUGUCGCAUUCUGAUCCUUGUGCUGUUACUUUUCCCUGCCACCACCUUUAGAGGGGAGCACAAUGUUAGAUCGGGGGGGGGGGGGAGCAGCAAAAGCCAUUGGGAAUUUGCUAGCCGGUCUUCACCUUGGCCUUCAGUGCUCAGAACCAAACCACUGGAAAGCCGCCCUGAUCCAGACAGCUGCACUGCCCUCUUCCUGCCAUUCUUUGCCAUGCUCAAGCUCUGUUUUUGGAUUGCAGAUUCCUGUGUUAAUUUGCACUGCUGAAAUUGUGGUCGCUUAAAGGGGCUUCUGCGCUGGGCUUGCCCAGCUUUGUUUAGUAUGAGCAGGAAGAUUUGGCAGCCUCAGGAGCCACACAGAUCUCCUGACAGAUGCUCUUGGCCAUUUCAGUGUCAGAUGAAAACAUACCUGCUGAAAACUACCAGUCUAACAUUCAACCAAGACCAGGGAGGGGAAACCUCAGACCCAUGGGUAGAAUGUGGCCCUUGCAGGCCUCUCUUUCCGGCCCUUGGGACUCUCCUAGGCCACACCCCUGACAGAUCCUGCUCCAUGUCCUCCUUGAGUAUUGUUGCUUGCCUGUUGCUUGCCUGGGUGGACGUUAGAGGGGUAUGUUUGAGUAUGUGUGGAAGCAAGCCUACUGUAUGGAAGUCAAAAUAACAUCUGUUGCUCCACCCACUUUUCUUCUGGCCCCACCCACCACUGGCAUGUGGCCCUUAGUAGCUGCCUAGAAGGGAAUGUGUGGCCCUCUGUCUGAAAAGGAUUCCCCAUAGACAGUGGGGCUGUGAGACAGAGAAUCUGAAAGGGAACAUUUUGGAGAAGGUCAAACACGAUGACUCCCUCAAAGUAUGGAGCCACAGAGCAAGAAGAAUUACCGAUGAAAGAAGAAUGAAGGAUGAAGUUGAUGGACUAUGCAGAAUUAGAUGAAUUAACAGGAAGGAUUUGAAACCUGCGGGAUCAGAGAUUCUUAGAGGACUGGAGUAAAUAUAUGAACUAUUUGAAAAGUAAUUGUGAUGAACAGAUUACGCUAGUAGGACUGCAACAAGUUUUGUAAGGUGGAUUAUUUGAAAUAUUACAAGAAAGACUAUGAAAAGAAUUAUUAGUUAACGAUAAUUAAAUGCAAUAUAGAAAUUAAGAAAUGCAGAAUAAGUGAUAAAGAACGAAAAAUCAUCAGAGGUGUUGACGGAAGUCUAAAACGUUGUAUAAGAUGAGAAGAUCUAUUGUAUGACUGUUGGAACUGAUAUGUUAAAAAAUCAGUAAAUAUAUAUAUAUAUAUAAAACAAAGUAUGGAGCCACAGAAAACCCCAUAGUUUGAGGCAUGUGGGCAUGAGCUAUGGGAGUGCACUCUGUAUAUGGCCAAAUGAACUGCCUUCCCAACUUUCCUCCUGGCUUCACGCAUUUCGCUGCGUGAAGGGCUGAGUUGUGGUUAGUGAUGUUUAAGACCCCCACUCCCAGGGACCGGGAGGGAGGAAGGAGUCAGGAAAGGUCCAAAAGGAGAAGUUAGUAGUGAUUAGAGAGAGAUGGUGUGAAAGCGACAGGGAAGGAAAGAUACCAAGGAGCAUCACAAGAAACACGCGGAGGCCAACAGGUGAUCAAAGAAGAGUUAGCUGUUCUGUGCAGGAUCUAGGCAGUGGGUCUUGCAUGAAUGUUUAAUUGCCACAGCAGCAGAGGCUGGAAGCUCCUGCCGUGACAUGGGGAAGACCAGGGCAGAAUCUGGGCAGGAAAUCAGAAGAGAACCCAUGAUUGUCAGCGGGCAUGAGGGGAAACACAUUUGCUGUGGAGAGAAUGAGUGUCCCCCACUUUGCACCAUAAGCAUGCAAGGGGGCAUGGGGGGGGGAGAGGUGUUCCUUCCAAGGCCACAUGCUUGAGUGCAGGGUUUAUGUUUACGUAUAAAAUGAGAGUGAUGUAGUUUGGAAAAUCAUUGUAAUUAUAAUUAUAAUUUAUUAUUUAUACCCCGCCCAUCUGGCUGGGCUUCCCUAGCCACUCUGGGCAGCUUCCAACAAAAUAUUAAAAUACAGUAAUGCAUCAAACAUUAAAAGCUUCCCUAAUAAUAAUAAUAAUAAAAUUUAUACCCGGCCCAUCUGGCUGGGUUUCCCCAGCCACUCUGGGCGGCUUCCAGCACAUAUAAAAACAUAAGGGAGGUUGAAUCAUUUCCCCCUACCAGCUGACCCUAGUUGUGCCCAAAUGGAGGUGUCUGGGACUGGGCGUAGUGGUAACAACAGACCCCUGACUGCUCCCCUGAACCGUCUUCCCUGCCUGCUGCUCUUUGUCACCUGCCUUCUGGCUGGCCCUCCAGCUGGGCACAAUGACCGUCUCUCCCUUCCCGUCUCUCCUUCCAGAUGUUGUGUUGCCACCUUUCUGCCAGCACCCUGCAGUUCCCUGUCUCAGUCACUCAGCAGUCUCCAGCUGCCGUUUCCAUGGACACCUAUCACGUCACCUUGGCUGUGCUGCAGGCCCAGGUAACUGUGGGGCUGGGGUCUGGGGCUUUCUCUCCUUCCCACCCCUGCCCACUCCACCCCUCUGAGUUAUUGUGGGCAGAGGCUGCUGCUAGCAGGAUUUGUGCCUGGGUGGGUCUGCAGGUAGAGGCCCGUGCCUAUUUUGCUUAAGUCUUGGGUUUUGCAUAAAAGCUUGGGUUGCGAUAUUGUUUACUUGGGUGGUUUUAGAUGAAUAUUGCCAGCCUACAGAUUAUACAAAAUAGGUGGGUAUAAAUACCUUUGUGCAGUUGAUGUUCCUGGUGGUGGUGGUGGUGAUGAUAAGACUUUUUUUUUUUUACCUGGGCCAGUUGGAGAUCCACCUGGAGGAGAUUCAAGAUGAAGGGCUGCUGGUAUCCUGGGCAUUCAAAGACAGACCAGAGCUGAACCUGUCCGUCGUUCCAAGGCUCCAGCUACGUGAAGUGAGCAAACAGAUGAGCAUUGCUGGGUGGAAAGUCACACUUGCCUGUUCUGCAAGGGGGAGCCAGAGGACUCCACUGGUCCUGAUUCCACACACAUGGCUGCUUUUGAAUUCUUCCCUCCUGCUAGAGAAAGCUCAGUGGCACACCCCUCAUUUGGCUACCGUGUGUGCAAGGCUAGUGAGACUGCAGCAGAAACAGUAAAGCAACUUGGCAAAAUCAACAAGUUCAUUAUGCCAAAAUCUUUAAGGACCUAGAGCCCACUUCAUGCAGUGCCUGGAGCCUUCUCCUAAAAACUGCAGUGAUAUAUAUACACAUGGGGGAGUGGUGCCGGUGGUAAUGGGGGGCUAGAAUUGUAACCAGUGAGGUCAGAGGGAAGUUAAAAGUACAGAUUAUGCUGAAGCUGAUUGGUGACCCAUUGCAAAGCGGUAUUGCUCUUAACACAAAUAUUCAGCAGUGAUAAGCAGUGGAUGUUUUUCCAUCAGGGCAAAUGGGGGGCUGCCUUCCCUAUUUCAGUCUGCCUUCAGCCAGCUCCCACUUGCCUGCCUUCUUCCUUACAAAUAUCAGCAUUGGCUAUCAGCUUCCUCCUCCUUAGCCCCUUGUAGAGCUCAAAAGGGAGGAGGAUGGGGACAAAACUAGAAUUAGUUGGUUUCACCUACCAAGAGUUCCAGCCACUACUGCUGGUCAGCUAAUGAAGACAUGCAGCGUGCUGAAAAUCUGUUACUCUGAUUCAAGCCAUCAGUAAUAGAACCAAACUCACUACCGUGCUUGUCCUGGCUCAGCUCCAUGCUCCAGCAGGGUGGACAUAUGUCCCUGUCUUUCAAGCAAACCUACGUGGGCUUGCUUGCCGAACGUGAUGCUACAUUCAGAGGGAGCAAAAAUGGCUUUUCCAUAACGUGAGACAUCUUUGCAUAGGAAAGUGCUGCCAGACUUGCCUUGCUUUUCAGCGGGGCCAUUUCUGCAACCUGCUCAGGACGCCCCAUGAAUCUGAAAGGACCUGCGUUGCAUGGGGUGCUCAAAUGAAAGCUUUGUAUUCUACAACUCCCGGCACCCGGCUGGUGCUGCAGGAACACUUGAUAGGAGCUCCUUUCCCGGGGUCAGUGGAGGGCGCAGCUUGCAGAUUUAACAUAUAGAAUAAGAGAAGAACAUACAUUUAGAGAAGAUUGAAAAACGUUUAUUGAAUAUAUGGGGGAAAUGUGUACACUUGAAAAUGUUGGCAGCAUUAAGAUAAAUUCAACUGUGUAAAUAAGUUUUGACGGAUACAACAGUGGAAUACUAAAUGGUUUUGUUUUAGUAAAAUAUGCAAGGAUUAAGAUAUGCAAAAUGAACCAUGGAAAGAGAGGAAGGGGAGUCAAUGAUAUUUUAAGGAUGUUUAAAUGAGUAUUUUAAAUUGUAAAGCAGAAAAUUUAGUAAAAAAAAAUUAUACACACAGAGAGAGAGAUAUAUGUGUGUGUGUGUGUGUGUGUGUGUGUAUGGGACACUUGAUAGAAACUCCUUUCCUGGGGUCAGUGGAACUCUUGAGGGUGACGCCUCGCUUUGGCUGCAGGUGCUUUUUAACCUUCCUGUAAAGGGGGGACAUUCUCUGCAAGAAAUGCAAUCUUUCCCACCUUCUGGGCUUGUUUUCUGAGCUUAUUUUUGUGAUCCAGGAGAAUGACGGGAAAGUGGACCUGUCCACCAUAAAGGACCUGAUUGAGGACUCCGUCGUCAGCACUCAGCCUGCCAUGAUGGUGAAUCUGAAGGCCUGUGUAGCUGGCAGCAAUGCGGUAAAGAUCUUUCCCACAUUGGUGUGUUGCUGUUGAGUGAGGGGAUUCUUCCUUCUAGCCCAGUAUGAGUGGGGGACUUUGGAAUCGGCCUCAGCCCAGUAUACCUGAAGGAGUGUCUCCACCCCCAUCAUCCAGCCCGGACACUGAGGUCCAGCUCCAAGGGCCUUCUGGCGGUUCCCUCCCUGCAAGAAGUGAGGUUACAGGGAACCAGGCAGAGGGCCUUCUCGGUAGUGGUGCCCGCCCUGUGGAACGCCCUCCCAUCAGAUGUCAAGGAAAUAAACAACUAUCUGACUUUCAGAAGACAUCUGAAGGCAGCCCUGUUUAGGGAAGUUUUUAAUGACUGGUGUUUUAUUGUGCUUUUAAUAUUCUGUUGGGAGCUGCCCAGAGUGUCUUAGGAAACCCAGCCAGAUGGGCGGGGUAUAAAUAAUAAAUUAUUAUUAUUAUUUAUUAUCCACACCCCUGGAUGUAGCUGGCAUUUAUUGUCAGCCAUUUGGUUUUACAGCAAGGAUGGGGAGUUUUGGAACUCCAGCUCCCAUCAAGCCUAGCCAGGAUAGCCAAUGAUCGAGAGUGAUGUGAAUUGUGGUCCAACCGCCUCUGCAGGUCCCCAUUCAUGUUUUGAGAGAGUUGGGACUGUAUGUGUCAGUGGUUCCCUGCUCAUGUGCUUUCCUUCCUUGUUUAUCUCAGGUGUCCUGCAAUAAACUUUCCCAGGGGUCCCCAUCCAGCACAGCUGCUCCAGUGGCGCCCAAGCUGCUUCUCCAGCAUCUGCGAGCUCUGCACUUGGGCUCUGAGGAGACGCGAGGUAUGAUGCAGGAGCAGGAGAUGUUUCAGGCCUUUGGCUGCUCUGCGGGGUGAGAGUGAACACCUGUGUUUGAAGGCAUGGCAUGGAGCAUCCUGGCCAACUUUGGGCUAGGUGUGAAGACCCAACGUUGGCUGCAUCCUCUCACCUGCAGAACCAAGCAGGCCUCUUGCCAAGGGGUUAAGGCGAUUCUGUAAGCAGUACAGUGGUGCCCCGCAAGACGAAUGCCUCGCAAGACGAAUAACUCGCUAGACGAAAGGGUUUUGCGUUUUUUGAGUCGUUCCGCAAGACGAAUUUCCCUAUGGGCUUGCUUCGCAAGACGAAACCUCUUGCGAGUUCUUGCGAGUUUGUUUCCUUUUUCUUAAAGCCGCUAAGCCGUUAAUAGCCGCUAAGCUGCUAAGCCGUUAAUAGCCGAUAAGCCGCUAAUAGCCGUGCUUCGCAAGACGAAAAAACCGCAAGACGAAGAGACUUGCGGAACGGAUUAAUUUCGUCUUGCGAGGCACCACUGUAUCACUACAUAGCCACCUGCUUAGAGCUUUUCAAAGGGUUAAGACUCUGAAGGGAGAGCCAGAUUUCAGGGGAUGGGUGACUUUAGGAGUGGGGGUUUCCUUUCCAGUCCGCCGUGCAUGUGCUGAAGAUGUGCAAAGAUGUGGGUGGGAAUCCAGGUGAGUUGCUCUGGGCAGACAAAUCCCUACUCAGCAUGGUGAUGCUCAGCGAGUGGCCCCUAUUGCUUCUUGUUUUGGGGCAGUCCUCCCAGGGCUUAUCAGGUGUCUGCAUGGCCUCACCUCAAUGUUGCUCUGUGCCCCUUUUAGGAAGUGGGCAGCUGUGCUGCGUGGCAGAGCUGGACAGCCCUCGGCAGCUGAAGAGGACGAAGCUGGUGCCAGCCAGUAGCUCCAGCCCUGCAGCCGAAGUCGAGUGGGCGGACAAGCUCGUUCUGUAAGGAGCAGUGCUUUUUAGUUCUUUUGCGUAUUUGGGGAAGGGUGUGUUGGCUGGCCAGAACCCAGGGGCUGUCUGGAAUAGGAAGCACCAUCUCUGGUUUGCAGCCAGCUUCCUUGGAUCGGGUGUCCUGCUGCACCACUUCAAUGCUUUCCCUUCAGCACCUCCACCCAGAGGGGACAGAGCAAGCCUUCAUCUUUGUCCCCAAAUGGUGCUCUUCCAUUUCCCCUCUUACUCUGGAGAGCACUACUCAUGGACCUCAAAUGUGAGGAUGGGAAAGGGAGCCCAUGUUUUGCAGAGGGGGAAUGUUCUAAACCUCUGAAUGCCUGUUUCCUCUUCUUGUGCCUGGACAGGGAGCUUGGACCGAGGAGCAGAGAGCUGAAGCUGAGUGUGCUUGGGAGCAGCAGUUCUGGAGAAGGUAAGUAUUUUCUGAGACCAGCCAUGGAGCUGAGGAUUGCUGUGACCUGUGGGUGGCCAAGGCUGCUGGGCCUGGUGGCGGCUCUCAAAUGAGGUGUCAGGGACUGGCUGGACACUGAGAAGUGGUGGCUGGAUAUUGAUGAGUGGGCAGUGGGAGCAGCUAGGUUGGAGACUGACUUGGAAGAAGGGAUCAGUGAUUGGGGGGUUGGACUAGAUGACCGCUGGGGAUCCCUUUGAUCUCUACAAUGCUCUGUUUCUAUGAUUUAAGUUGGCAUAGCAUGGGCUGCUGCCAGCACCUGGAACCAAGGAGAAUCUCCACUUGUAUUCCCUCUUCGUUGCUACUCUCUUGCAGAUGUGCUCUUGGGAUUUGCCACUAUCCCGCUGGACUCUCCCUCCAAAGAGCCACGGGGACAGCAGCAGUACACACUGACCCCCGGAGCUGUCAGGAAGCUGCCUGCAGGAGCAGCCGUUGCACUGGAGGUGAAGUGUGAAGUGACAGGCAGAAGGGGCAAGAACUCCAUGCAGGAAUCUCUGGAUUAGAAUAACCAGUGGCCUCUGCAGGGCUUUUCCUCUUUCAGUUUGAGAUUCUGUAUGCAGAUGUUGGGGAGGGAGAAGCAAGGGACUGAGACCAAAGUGGUCCAGCUGCAACUUACUGGAAGGUCCCCUGCCCACACCCACCCCUGCUUCAGAGUCAUUAAGCACAGGCGCCAGCCUCUUUCCUUGAUGUUGCCACAGUCCCUUGAGGGGCACGGACCCUUGUCUCCCAACUAAACCAAUUGGAAGCUGCCUCAUCUUGAGUCAGACCCUUGUGUCCAUCUCGCUCAUAUUGCCUACACUAACUGGCAGCGCAUCUCCAGAGUUUUGGGCCAGGGAGUCUCUCUCAGCUCUGCCUGGAGAGGCUGCAGGUGAAACCUGAGUAUUUAAUGUUUGAUGUUUCAUUGUGUUUUUAGUAUUCUGUUGGCAGCCGCCCACCAGUUUGGUGGCAUAUAAAUAUAAACUUAUGUGAACCGCCUUGAGACCUCUGGGUAUAGGGCGGUAUAUAAAUUCAAUAAAUAAUAAUAAAUGAUAAAAAUGUUGUUGUUGUUAUUGUUCUGCAUGCAAAUCCCUCUCCCAAGGCUGGGCCAGCUUUAUGUCAGGCAAUUUGGCUGCAGAAAGAGCAAAGCAGGCAGGUUCUGGGGUGCUGGUCUCUUCCUGUUCUGGGGGCAAGAAGAUCACCCGCUGUUGGAGGGAAGCUGGUUCUGCUGAUGGGGAGCUGCUGAACUGAGUGCUACCCCCGGUGUGUGUCUAUGUGACCCCACCUGUCUGUCUGAAGCAUUUGCAUCUGGCUCUCUUGGCAGCUGCUCUAUCAGGAACUGCCAGAGCUUCAGCUGGCCUCUUCGCUGCGAACCAGCAUCACCCCCACCAAAAAGAUUGAGAUGGACCGCACCAUCAUGCCUGAUGGGACCAUCGUCACCACAGUCACCACCAUCCAGUCCAGGCCCAAAAUGGACUGCAAGAUUGGUAAGGGGACCCUGUUUUCAGGGUGUCCACAGCGCUCUCUCUCUCUCUCUCUCUUUCGCUCUCUGUGUGUGUGUGUUUUAAUGCAUUCACAAGUGCAGUGGUGUUGCUUUGUCUGCUCCUCUGGAAUGGCAAAGGCAGCCAAGAGGGACCUGCAGUUGCUGGAGAGGCACCAGCAAUUUAUUGUGAACCCAGCCUGUUUGCCAAAUGGGCCAUAGUGAUGGGAGUAACACCUUCCUGGAAACAGAGCAUCUUAUCCAGGAUCUGGAAAGAUGCAGCAAGUAGCUGGUGACCGAUUUGUAAAGGAGAUGCACUUGGCAGCAAGUGCUGUGAGAGGCAGAAGGACUUCCUCACUGCUUUUACUUGUCCCUGGUGUGGAUAUCUAUUUCUGGGGCUGAGCUCUUGUGAGCCUUGGCUUAAAGUUCAUCCAGCGCUUUCAGGCAAAACAUACUUGGUGGGUAGGGAAGGAUUUCUCCCAAUGGAAAUGGCCAGCUUCCUUCAGGGCUGUUGGGUUAUAUAGCAACCCCUCCGCUUUGAAGUCCCUGCCUUCCCCUUGGAUAUUGGGCCCUGUGCAGCAGUACCACUCUGGCAUAUAACAGCACGUCUGCUUUGAGGAUACUGGAUACUGAGUUCUAUCAAGGCAGGGAGUCUUCCACCUCCCCAGCAAGUGAACCGCAUGCCUAUUGUCAGAAAACCUGGAAAGGGUGUGUGUGUGUGUGUGUGUGUGUGUGUGUGUGUAUGUGUGUGUGUGAAGCAUCUGUUGGGUCCUGUGACCUUGUUUGCUGAUUUUGCACCCCUUUUCUUCUGGAGCCCAGAUUCACCCUCAAGGUCUCCAUCGAAGGUGGAAGUGACAGAGAAAGUGACCACGAUGCUUCCAGAAAAUGGCUGCCCCAGCUCUUCCCCUUGCAGUAGUAGUAAGUCAUCAGGGAGCCAAUUUUUUUGUCCUCGACCACACUGCAAAGAGCUGCAAGGAUUAGGCCAUGGGUAGGCAAACUAAGGCCCGGGGGCCGGAUCCGGCCCAAUCGCCUUCUAAAUCCGGCCCACAGAUGGUCUGGGAAUCAGCAUGUUUUUACAUGAGUAGAAUGUGCCCUUUUAUUUAAAAUGCAUCUCUGGGUUAUUUGUGGGGCGUAGGAAUUCGUUCAUUCCCCCCCCCCAAUAUAGUCUGGCCCCCCACAAGGUCUGAGGGACAGUGGACUGGCCCCCUGCUGAAAAAGUUUGCUGACCCCUGGAUUAGGCCAUGUGGCAUCCCUUUCCCUGCCCCACCUCGUGCCAGGAGAAUGCUUGAAGAGGCCUUUGGGCCCAGCUGGAGACAAACCCAUGGAAAGCUUGUCCUCCUCCUCAACUAUUUUCUUGCUGGCUUGCUUUGUUCCUGUCUGGGAGGAGACCAGGAAGAGGCACUGAGAAGCCUGUGUAGCGUAAUUGUAAGAGUGUUGCACUUGGGAGUCCAGGGUUCAAAUCCCCCACAGCCAUGCAGCUCACUGAGUGACCUUGGGCCAGUCACCGUCUCCUCUUCCUAACCUACUUAGAUUGCUCAGAUGAUAAAAUUGAGGUGGGAAAAAGGGAGGGAGCAAGAGCCACAUACACCACCCUGAAUUCCUUUGGAGGAAAGAUGGGGUGAAGACAGAGUGCAGAAACUGGCUCACCUUGUAUAUUAAAAGCAGGCUGCACUUCAACAUCUGUUCCGGUCAGUUUGGACCUCCAAUCCAGCGUUUCCCAAACUUGGGUCUCCAGCUGCUCGUAGACUACAAUUCCCACCAUCCCUGACCACUGAUCCUGCUAGUUAGGAAUGAUGGGACUUGUAGUCCAACAACAGCUGGAGGACCCAAGUUUGGGAGCCCCUGCUCUAGACAGUAGGAGUGACAAAGAAGGAAGGUCUUACACACCUUUUUCACUUGCCCCAUAAAUCAGUACAAUAAAUCUUCUAUAUCCAUGCAUAUCUGUGUGUUUGUGUCUCCUCCAGGAAGCAGCCAUGUGUCCAAUGGCUUGGACCCAGUGGCCGAGACGGCAAUCAGGCAGCUGACAGAUUUGACCAAUAAACCUGCCAAAAAGACCCCGACAAAGCGAAGUACGCUGAUCAUCUCAGGAGUUUCCAAGGUAACUGCUUAUCUACUUGCUUGGAGUCAGCCAUCCUUUCUUAGGAAGCUCCGAAUGAUGAAGUGGGUGGAAGAGGUGGUUCUGAUCAGUGGGUAGGGGCAGGGAGACAGUGACUACUUUUGGCUUCUGUUGGAUCGUUCUUCUCACUCACCAACCCAACCUGAUCCCAGGUACCAAUUGCUGAAGACGAGAUGGCUCUCUCCCUUGGUUACGCUGCUUCGCUGGAGGCCACUCUCCAGGAUGACUCCAUUGCGACUGGCAUAUCUGAAUAUGGGCACAGCAUCACUGAUGCCACUCAGCAGCUGGAAGCCUCAUACUCUGCCCAAAGGGAGCUGGAUGAGACGACGCGCUCGGACAUCUCCGAAAGGCCCUCGUUGGAGGAUGUGGAAUCCGAAACAGGCUCGACAGGUGCUCUGGAGACCAGGAGCUUGAAAGAUCACAAAGGUGAGGCUGAGUGUGUGCCCAGGGGGUGCCCAGAACCUCAGGAGAGCUUCAACCUAUUGCUCUGGCGUCGGAGAAGCUAGGGUGGUGGCAUGGGAUGUGGCAGAGUUCCUUGGAUGUUCACGUGUUUCUCUCUCCCGCUGCAGUGAACUUCCUUCGGAGCGGCACCAAACUCAUCUUCCGGAGGAAGAACAAGCAGAAGGAAGCCGGCCUCAGCCAGUCUCAUGAUGACUUGCCCAAUGCCGGUGCUAGCUCCUCUGGCAGAAAAAAAUCUGGCAGCUUCUCUCGGCGCCUCAUCAAGCGCUUUUCCUUCAAGUCUAAGCCUAAACCCAAGGCCAACGGGAGUACAUUGGCCAUGGACAAGCACUGAGACGUCAGUGGUCAAACAGUGUUCUCCAGGAGCCCCCUUUUGUCGAAGCUUUCCCCACUCCGUAUCUACAUCACAGCCCAGUUCCUCUCUCCUCCAGAGCCUACCUGGAUGGUUGGUGUUUGAUGUUUGGAGCUUUUGCCACGUAGCUACUGUGAAUGCCGCUGCCUCCCGGAGGAACAAAUGGCACACAAUGGCCCUGUUUGUAGCUGAUCUGUGUGCUCUGUCUUGGCGUGGCGGGGGAUGCAGACCCCCACGCUACCUUCAGCCUGAAUUUGAAAUCCUGGGAGUGCGUGAAGGAGAAGACUUUGGUAACGGUUGGCUUAACAAGAACCCCUCUCUCUGUGCUGGGCCUGUGUUAAGACAUGGUUACAGGGGAUGAGGUAGCAAUUGAUGCCAGCUUAUCUGGCUAAGCUGCUGGUCUUUGCCCGAUUUGUGUGGACAUGUCAAACUGGAUGAGCCUCCUUGAGCAAUCCAGUGGCUUCUUUCCUCUUCCAUGGGGGCAACGGAGGUCUCCAUAGUAGGAACUCCCAGUUGUGGUCCUCUGAUACAGAGGCAUCUGCUGCCACCGGCUCCUACCUGGCCCGUGUCUUAUGAAGAUGAGAAGGGGACCCUGCACAGUGUUUGGGCAGGGGGAGGCCUCUGCCUUCUAUAGAAAGAAGUGGCCCUUUCUGUGUUUUGAACCUUCUCUCUGACAAACUGGGAUUAGCUUACGUGGAAGGACCGUUGCUGAUCUGCCCUGCGUCAGGGCAUGGAAGAGAACUCGGUGCUACAGGAAACGGCUUCCCAACUCCCUUUGAGCCCGAAGAAAGGUCACUCCAGCAGAAACUUGUGCUUGACUCUGAGUAGGGCAGAGGGCUGAAGCAGCUCUCCCGAAAUGAGGCCUUGUGUGUACCCGAGUGAAGUUGAGCAGCACCUUUUGUAAAAUCCUGCCGGAUGCGACCAGAGAUCCUGACAGGCAGUGUGUGUGAUGG